CUAUCAAAACCCCUUCUCUCUUUACUCCCUCCGUCCCUCUCCCGCUCUCCCUCUCUCUCUCUGUUCUUCUGUUUCUCGUUCUCUCAGUUUCGGCUUCGAUCGAAGAAGCCGCUGCUCAACGAAAAUGCCGCUUGGAGAUAGAGCAGGCGAUAAGAGCGAGUCUCGGUAUUGCGGAGUCGAGACUGAAUUUGAUGACGAUGUGCCUCAGCUCUUAAUCUCAAAUCUAUCCUCUGGUGGAUUUGAUUUCGUCGUCGCACCUCUGAUGAAUCCAUCCUAUCGACCAAGCUUGGUGCAAAAAGAAAAUGGUUGCUCUGCCGUUCUCCCAUUUGCUGGAUCAGACUUGAUUUUAAGCCCUGCACAGUGGAGCAGCCACGUUGUUGGAAAAAUUAGUUCUUGGAUUGACUUAGAUUCUGAAGAUGAGAUUUUACGAAUUGAUUCUGAGACAACUCUAAAGCAAGAGAUUGCUUGGGCUUCUCAUCUCUCUCUGCAGGCAUGCCUUCUUCCAGCACCUAAGGGAACAUCAUAUGCUAAUUAUGCUAGGUGUGUUCAUCAGAUUUUGCAGGGCCUUAAUAACAUGCAGUUGUGGCUCAGGAUACCUCUGGUGAAGGUUGAUGAUGAUUCUACAGAUGCCAAAUCUGAACAUUUGGUUGAUUCUUGGGAUUUGUGGAACUCAUUUCGUCUGCUUUGCGAGCACCACAGUCAGUUAUCAGUUGCACUCGACAUUUUGAGUACGUUGCCGUCACCAAAUUCGCUUGGACGAUGGUUUGGGGAGUCUGUCAGAGCAGCCCUUAUUAGCACUGAUUGUUUCUUGACUAAUUCACGGGGUUAUCCAUGCCUGUCAAAGCGGCACCAGAAGUUGAUUACUGGAUUUUUCAAUCAUUCUAUUCAGGUAGUUUUAUCUGGGAAGGCAUUGCACAACGUUUCAAGGGGAGGUACAGAUUCACCUACUGGUCUCAACAAAAGUCCUGAUGGUGUUCAGUCUCAUCCCUUGAGGUGCUAUUUAGAUUAUGUUGCUUUUCUUUACCAGAGAAUGGACCCACUCCCUGAGCAAGAACGAAUUGAGCUUGGAUACAGGGACUUCUUACAGGCCCCUCUGCAACCUCUUAUGGAUAAUCUAGAAUCUCAAACUUAUGAAACUUUUGAGAAAGACGCAGUCAAAUACAUUCAGUACCAACGUGCAAUUGCUAAAGCUUUGAAAGAUAGGGUACCAGAUGAUAAGGCGUCUUCAGUAACAACAGUAUUGAUGGUCGUAGGCGCAGGUCGUGGUCCUCUCGUUAGGGCAGCAUUGCAGGCAGCAGAAGAAACAGACCGCAAACUGAAAGUCUAUGCUGUGGAGAAAAAUCCUAAUGCAGUUGUAACUCUUAAUUGUUUGGUUAGAAUGGAGGGCUGGGAAAAAAUUGUUACCAUAAUUUCCUGCGACAUGCGUUCCUGGGAAGCUUCAGAGAAGGCUGAUAUUUUGGUGAGUGAGCUGCUGGGUUCUUUUGGCGACAACGAACUAUCUCCUGAAUGUCUUGAUGGGGCCCAGCGAUUCUUAAAAGAAGAUGGCAUUUCAAUACCUUCUUCGUACACGAGUUUCCUCCAACCAAUUACUGCCUCCAAGCUAUACAAUGAUGUGAAGGCACAUAAAGAUGUGGUCCACUUCGAAACUGCCUACGUUGUCAAACUGCACAACGUAGCAAGACUCUCUCCUCCUCAGCCUGUCUUUACCUUUACUCACCCGAAUAAAAUAUCGGAGGGAAGCAAUGAACGGUAUAAGAAGCUGGUGUUUGAGAUACCCAACGAUACUGGUGCAGCCAUUAUACAUGGUUUUGGUGGUUAUUUUGAUGCGACUUUAUACGGUGAUGUUCAUCUGGGCACUGAACCAUCCACAGCCACGCCAAACAUGUUCAGUUGGUUCGCAAUAUUUUUCCCAUUAAGGACUCCGAUAUGCGUGCGGCCGGGUUCUUCCGUACAAGUCCAUUUUUGGCGUUGUUGUAAUCCUAACAAGGUCUGGUACGAGUGGUGUGUGACGUCUCCCAGCCAGUCCCCGCUACAUAACGUCAACGGCCGUUCAUAUUGGGUUGGCCUAUAAACUCAAGGGAUCUAUUUUUAUAUUAAAUAGAAUUUUAAACUGGCUAUAUUAUUUAUUAUCAUGUUAGAAUAACGUUGAAUGGAAGUUUAUAUUUUACGUUUUCGUUA